GGCAAACCAGAACACGCAGAGUGCAAAAUCAGAGCUAAAUGGCCAGGGUAUAGGUAAUGGAUGGAUCCCUCACUGAUCCAGCUCCAGAAGGUAUAUAUCCCUCUGGUCUCUACUACUAUAUUUAUAUUCAUCUCGUCUCAUAUACUAUUAGCUAUAUUCCCCCAAUCUCAGCCACUACAGCUAUAUUCAUCUGGUCUAGGCUACUAUAACUAUAUCCCUCUAGUCUCAGCUAUUAGAGCUAUAUCACUCUACCAUCUGAUAUCAUCACCAACUUGGGGCACGGAAUCAUAGCCACUCCUCUUUAUGUCAAAAGUAGCCGUACGGUCCAAUGUGCAGAAGUAUAAGCCGAGUUCAACUGUGACUAAAAUUUGUAUUAAGUUAUUUAUUUUUUAUUCGUAGUCUACGCACAUAGUGUAGGACACAUGCACGACGAUUUCAAGCACAGUCACCUCUCAGACGUCUUUGUCUAGAUUUAACAGAACAAAAGGAAUCAAGGACAUCCAUUGAGUAAUGUGCUCGUAUUUUACAAGUGGUAGAAUGACUGGCGCGUCUCCCUUUAUAAGCCAUGGCCCUCUCAUUUGGCGCAGCCAUCACUUUUUAAAACCCCCCCCUUCCUCCAUCUCUAGAGAACGACCAACAAUAAUUGGUAUAGACAGUAGCACCCCUCCA